AUGAAUAAGAUAAUCUUCCUUCUUAUUCUCUCCCUCGUCCUCCUCCCUCUUCACGUAAUUGUGGUGGUGGCGCUCGGCAGCUGGACUCCCAUCAAAGACGCUAAGGAUCCUCACGUUGUCGAGAUAGGUCAAUUCGCGGUCUCCGAGUACGACAAACUGACCAGAUCCAGAUUGAGUUUCGUGAAAGUUGUUCGCGGUGAGUCACAAGUAGUCUCUGGUGUGAAUUACCGGCUUCUGCUCGAGGUUAAUGGCAGCGACGUCAGCAAAAACUACGUGGCGGUAGUUUUGGAGAAGCCGUGGCUGAAAUCAAUGAAUCUCACUUCCUUCGACCCAGUCGUUGUUAAUUAG